GCUCCUUUAAGCUUAUUCAUACGCUAUUUCCAGUGGCUUCUGACACUUCUCUUGCAGUACGAGUGAAUUAAUGGUGGCGGGCAAGCCCCUAGCAAGCCCAGUCAGACAUAUCUACCGUCUACACCUUCCCGCUUGGUCUUUCUCGAGAAGCCAAGUGUUUCUGCCAGCUUCGUGACGAAAGACUCCGGACAUGAUACAUAAUUCUCUUCAAAGAGUGGACGACAACAACGACGACAUGCUGCAUCAACCGCUUACCAUUCCUAGGCCGCCUAUUCCUCGGUCAGCACGGUCCUCUUCCAGCAGUUCGACCAUUCACUCCUCCCCCGCCGCAACCACCGUCAUCAAGCGCAGUCCAUCCGUAAUCAAGCUCCAAUUCAUCAACACAGCUCACCCCAGUGAAUCUACCUCCGCCAAACGCAUCAGCCAGAUCCGGUCUCACGUAGCCAAGGACUCCCAUGCCCGGCGCCGCCAGCGCAAGGCGUCGUGCAAGACCGGCAAGGCCUGCUGUUCAUCAUCCGCAUCUGCAUCUGCAACUGCAACUUCAGGCGUGGCUGCGGAAUCGCCCGCCCGGUCCGAGAGUCCGGACGACUCCACCUCCACAAAGAAGGCGGUUGCACUGCCAGUUCGAGCACGGCUCCCGCAGUCUUCGUUUCUCGAUGUAAAGGAGGGGGCGCUCUCCCGGGGGUUUCGGAGAAUUGCACCAAAGACGGGAGCAGCCCUGGAUCGGAAUGCGGAGGUGCCUUGCCCGAGGCAGAUGAUUGGCGAUGCGAGGAGGGAUGUGUGGAACGGGGCCUUUGCCUGGGAUUUGACGGAUGACGAAUACGCAACGUUUAAUUUCUACUUGGAUUGGGUUCUCAAGUAUGGCUAUGAAAUCUGCUUCCCCCGCGACCAGGUCGCUCCCGUCAUGAAGCGCAUGAAAUCAUCCUAUGUUCCCUUUGCCAUCAAAUACCCUAGCCUCCUCGCCUGUAUUUUCUACAUAGCCUAUCACAGGCGCGCCCUCAACACGAAAGAUCCGGAAGAGGCAGCCAAGUGUUACUUUAUGGUAGAGCGAUACCGCCUUGCUUGUAUCGAAUCGAUGAAGAGGGCAAUCGAGGGUGAAGAGCGGCCGACGUAUCAGACUAUUACGCUGGCUAUGCAGUUGUGUUCAGAAGCGUACUUUGAGGGACACAGCGACGUCUCAUUUACCCAUGCCCAUGCCGCAAGGACCAUGGUAUCAGCAAGAGGAGGUCUCGAGAGCUUUGAGAACGCGGGUGUCUAUAGCCUCCUCUCUUUCUUGCUGGCAACAUCAGUGUACAGUGGGAAUUACUGGUUCGUUCCCGGCUGUGCGAGGGCGCCCGAGGACUAAAUAAAAAAGAAGGGAUGUUAAGAUUGAGAUGGUGGAAUCAAUUAUUAUGUACAUGUAAGAUAAGGUUAUGUAAAUGGGUGAGGUUCAGUGUCAUACAUGGCGUUUCUUUAUAUACAUUCAUAGGUUGCCUCAUACGGUCUCAUGCCGUUUCGUAUGCUUCAUCAAUCCAUGCUGUGCAUGAUAAAUGUCCGGGUAUCAAAUCAUGCUUAAAAUCUCUCCCGACUCGUAACCCCAUUCCGCUUCCAAGUCCUUUAAUCGCCAUAUGGCACCCCACCCCGUCGUUCUGUCGAUAAUCUUGAACAGCCGAGCAACUUCGAGAUGUUCUCUCGGAUGUGUCAACAGCC